UGCUGUGCAAACAAUAUUAUAGGAACUACUUGAGAUGGCUCAUACUCCUUCCAGCCAAUUUCUCAGAUAGAUCCGAGUUUGAGCAGAGGAGCGAUGCAUCCAUCGUGCCUGACCUGCGUAAUCCCGCUCGGUUAAUUCGGGUAGGUCACUUAUCAGACGUGGCGUCUUUAUUCAAUCAACGUCCGUAAAGAAAUCACUGCCACGCCCCCACACGCUCAUAUAUCUAUGGGUAUGGGUCAUACUUAGAUCCAAGUCUUAUCUCUUCCCUCCUACCUCACGAGCCCUCUCAAAAAUGGGUGCAGAAAAGACAGACCCCACUGUUUAUCCCACUAGCAAAGGCGAAAGCUCUGACGCCUCAGAUCGUGAUGGAGAGUCUUUUCAGGGGCCCGCGCGGCACACCCUCCAACGCAAACUCAAGAAUCGUCACGUCGCCAUGAUCAGUAUUGGCGGUGUUAUCGGUACUGGUCUUUUUGUUGGAACCGCAAACUCUCUGAGGAAUGGAGGUCCCAUUGGUCUCUUGCUCGGUUACAUCGUCAUGGGCUCCAUCGUAUAUUGCGUCAUGAUCACUUUGGGAGAAAUGGUUGCUUACCUCCCUAUACCUGGUGGUCACAUCAAACUGGCUGAGCGUUUCGUUGACCCUGCCUUCUCUUUUGCCAUGGGUUGGAAUUACUGGUAUAACUGGACCAUUGUCUCACCCGCCGAAAUUUCUGCUGCUGCAUUAUUAAUAAACUAUUGGGAUAAAACCACCAAUGAUUCCGUAUGGGUCGUCAUAUGUCUUGUCGUCGUUCUCACCAUUAAUAUGCUCGGUGCUGGCGCUUACGGCGAAGCCGAAUUCAUAUUUGCAUCCAUCAAGGUCAUCACAAUCACUGGUCUUAUCAUUCUCGGUAUAGUCAUCGAUCUGGGAGGUGCACCAAACCAUGACCGCAUUGGAUUCCGCUACUGGAAAAAUCCUGGACCAUUCGUUCAGUAUGAUGGCAUCUCAGGUGCCAAAGGACAAUUCCUUGGCUUCUGGGCUGUUCUGACAGAGGCUGCUUUCUCGUUCAUCGGAACCGAGAUUGUUGCUAUUGCUGCUGGAGAAGCCAAGAAUCCUCGUCGUACCUUGCCCAAAGCCAUCCGUCGAGUAUACAUCCGCAUAUUACUUUUCUACAUCGGCGGAACACUCAUCAUUGGUCUGCUUGUACCAUCCAACAACCCAAACCUCAAUUUGAACAGUGGAACCACUGCCCAGUCUCCAUUCGUCAUUGCUAUCGAAACAGCUGGAAUCAAAUCUCUUCCUUCUAUCAUCAAUGCUUGUUUGUUGACCUCGGCAUGGUCCGCCUCAUCUAGUGAUUUGUACACUGCGUCUCGUGCGAUUUAUGGUCUUGCGGCCUCAGGAAAUGCUCCCAAGUUCUUCCUUAAAACCACACGCAACGGGUUGCCUUACGCUGCUGUCCUCUUUUCCGCCGCUUUCUCCCUUCUUGCCUUCAUGGCUGUGUCCAAGGGUGCGGGCUCAGUGUUUAACUGGUUUGCCAAUAUGACAUCCAUCGCUGGCCUUAUGACAUGGUUUGGUAUUUCGGUGACGUACCUCCGCUUCUACAAGGGCAUGCAGGUGCAAGGCAUCGACCGCAAGACGCUUCCUUACUACACAAAUCUCCAGCCAUACGCAGCGUGGUGGGGAGUAAUUGCAACGAUCACCGUAUGUUUCUUCAGCGGAUUUAGCGUCUUCCUCAACGGAAAUUGGAGUACUGCAACUUUCAUGACCAACUACAUCCUUCUCAUUACCUGGCCAAUCAUGUACCUUGGCGCUCGUUUCUACUAUGGCUCUAAGCCAGUUGCUGCCGAGGACAUGGACUUCACGAGCGAUAUAGCUGAAAUUAUUGCGGACACGUAUGAUGAACCCCCGCCAAGGAACAAGAUGGAAGCAUUCUGGCAAUGGCUGAUGUAAUUAUACCUGCAAUAAUACUUAAAGUCCAUUGAUUAUAUCACUAUUUUGUAAGCCUUCAUGACCAAUUGCCCGACAUACCUGGUUGUUUGUCGUAUGUCACUGCCAAUUCUACCAAUAUGAUAAUAUCUAGUCAACUUGAUCCAUGGUCUUGCUGACCAAAAUGUGACCUUGUCCUUACUUGUAGACAAAGCACAGCCUGUAUCUAGCAGAGAAACGAGGUUUUUUUAUUAUCAACCAGUGUCUAUUUACAUACUAUCGUUCACACCUACGAUGGAGAGUAUUUCACAAUUCUGUCUGUUAUUUCAAC